CCAUCUCCUUGCCCCCUCACGUCCUCGUCUUCCCUUCACCCGUUCAAUGUCCGAUAAACACCAUGUUUGAUAUAGCAGAGCUCCUCUGCCUUUCUGGUCUCGACGUCACCUUUCUCCUUACUCCCUAUACCAAAAGCCUCCUCUUCCACUACGUCUGCAUCGAUUCUCGUUUACACACAUACCCAAUCUCCCCAUCAACUGAAUCUCAUUCAAAUCAUCUUCCAAGCAUCCGUCUCCACACCAUCUCCGAUGGGCUGCCAACAGAUCAUCCACAAUUUAAUGCCACAGAGUUGUUAGACUCUAUGGAGACCUUUACCAAACCGGUUUUCAAAGGCCUGUUUACUUCUGGAAAGUUGGUUUCUGAUGAGUGUGGACCAGUGAGUUGUAUUAUUUCGGACGGGUACAUGACCUUUGUUUACGACGUUGCUAAUGAGCUUCAAGUUCCUGUUAUUUCUGCUUUGUCUUUAAGUCCUUGUUCCCUUUGGGUUCUUUCCAAUCUUCCUAACCCAACCAAAGCCGUUGAAGUUUCUAAUUCAACGAGUGAUUCGGUUAUAAGACGUGUUCCCGGUUUGAACGGGAUUCUCACCAGCGGUGAUCUUGCAAGCAUGUGCCAAUCAAGUGAGUGGACUCAUUGUACCAUGAAGCAUCUUAAGAAACAAAUUAGAGAGCUUUCUCGAGCCCAUGGGCUCAUACUUAAUACCUUUAAAGCAUUAGAUGGGCCCAUACUUUCUCACAUUCACUCCAUUUGUCCAAACCUCUACCCCAUUGGCCCGAUUCAUACACACCUUGCGGUUAGGCAAGAAGCCGAGCGAUUGAUUCCAUUGUUGAACUAUUCCCGUGAAGAAAACAAGGAUUGCAUCACAUGGCUAGACUUGCAACAACCCAAAUCUGUUCUAUAUGUAAACAUUGAAAAUAAAGUGCAACUCGAGUGGGUUCAAACCCGCGAGCUUUGGCAUGGCUUGGUAAAUAGUGGGAAGAAGUUCUUAUGGGUAAGACGAGCUGAGUCCAUACUUGAAGAGGGUCGAGUCCCACCAAAGAUCCUUAAAGGCACGAAGGAGAGGGGUUGCAUUGUUGAUUCGGCUUCAAAUGUGCAUGUAUUGGCCCAUAAAGCAAUUGGUGGGUUCUUGACAUGCGGUCAAUGGGACUCGAUAAUUCAAGGGAUUGUUGAGGACGUGCCAACAAUAUGCUGUCCGUUGUCUUUGGAUCAACAAGUGAAUAGUAGGUUUGUGAGUAAAGCAUGGAAGAUCGGGUUAGAUGUAGAAUGGAGAUGGGAGAGAAACAUAAUCGAGAAAAUGGUAAGAGAUGUUAUGGAAUUGAAGGACGGGUUGAUUGACAAUGCAAAUACAAAGAAAUAUUCGGGUAGGAAAAGUGUAAGGAAAGGUGGAUCAUCUUAUGCAAGGUUGGACCAACUAAUAGAUGACAUUAGAUGUAUGCGUCAUUAGGCUGAUUGGGAUACCUAGAAAUCUUUUGAUGUGUAAGUGGUUUUGUUGCCCUUGCUAGCGGGUUUCUAAAUAAAAGUUGUUCAUAAAAAAAAUAAAUAAAUAAAUAAAAAAAAACAUUUUAAGUGGUUACACACUUUAA